UUAUCAAAGGAGAAUCAUCUAUCUACAUCUUCCCACUUCUCUUAUGAUGUAUUCCUGAGUUUUAGAGGGGAAGACACCCGAAAAACAUUCACCGGUCAUCUUUAUUCCAAAUUGUGUGAUGUUGGAAUUAAUACGUUCAUUGAUGAUGAAGAAUUGAGAAAAGGUCACGUUAUAUCAACAGAACUAGAGAAAGCAAUUGAAGAGUCAAGAAUUUCCAUUAUUGUUUUCUCAAGAAAUUAUGCAUCCUCUAGUUGGUGUCUAGAAGAACUAGUUAAAAUUCUCGAAUGCAAAGAGAAACUAAAGCAGAUGAUUUUGCCUAUUUUCUAUGAUGUUGAUCCUUCUGGAGUGCGAAGGCAAACUGGGUUAUUUGGUGAAGGUUUUGCUAAACACAAGGAACGAUCAUUUGGGGCUCAAAGGGUAGAGAAAUGGACAACUGCACUUACUGAAGCUGCAAAUUUAUCUGGAUGGGAUUUGCGAAAUGUUGUUGACGGGCAUGAAUCAAAGUUUAUUGAAUGUAUUGUGCAACAAGUCCUACAAGUGGUCAACCAGACACCUUUAGAUGUUGCUUGGUACCCAACUGGAGUAGAUUCUCGUGUCAAGGAUAUAGAGUUAUUAUUGCAAUGUGCAAGUGAAGAUAAAGUUCGCAUGGUUGGUAUAUAUGGUGUUGGUGGAAUUGGUAAAACAACUCUGGCAAAAGCUAUCUACAAUCGAAUAUUUCGACCCUUCAAUGGCAGUUGCUUCCUUUCAGGUGUUAGAUCAGAAGCUGAAGAAUUUGGUCUAGUCAAGCUACAACAGAAGCUUCUUCAACAAAUUCUCAAAACUAAGGACAUUGAAGUUGGCAGUGUUGCUGAAGGCGUCAACCUAAUAAAAGCAAGACUUGGGUCAAAGAAGGUUCUAAUUGUUCUUGAUGACGUGGACCAUAUAAGACAAUUAGAAUCCUUAACAAGAGAAAGAAGUUGGUUUGGCUCGGGUAGUUUAAUAAUUGUUACAACCCGAGACGAGCAUUUGCUAUUUGGGCUUAGAGAAAAUGAGAGAUACAAGACCAAACUAUUAAAUGACGAUGAAGCUAUGCAACUAUUUAGUUGUCAUGCUUUUGAUAGUCUUCAUCCACCAGAAGAAUAUGUUGAGCUGGUAAAAGCGGUAAUCAAAUAUUCAGGUGGGCUACCAUUAGCUCUUGUAACAUUGGGGUCACAUUUUCAAGGGAGAUCGGUAGAAGAAGGGAGCUAUGAAUUCCAUAAGCUAAGAGCAAUUCCUCGUAGUGAUAUUCAAAAGAUUCUCAAGCUAAGCUUUGAUGGACUUGAUGGUGAUACUCAGAGUGUUUUUCUUGAUAUUGCAUGUGCCUUCCAUGGUUUUUCUAUGGAUGAAGUUUCCAAAACAUUAAAUGCAUGUGGUUUUUUCUCUGGAAGUGCAAUUGCAACCUUGGUCCGAAAAUGUUUGCUCCAAAGUAUAAGGCCUAUAGAAAUGCAUGAUCUAGUGCGAGCUAUGGGAAGAGAAAUAGUUCGCUUGGAAUCAACUCAAUACCCUGAAAAACGGAGCAGAUUGUUCAAUCCUCAAGAAGUCCAUGAUGUUCUACAAGGACAUAAAGGCACUUUCCUUUUCACUGAAAUACAGGGUUCCAAAAAGGUAGAAGUACUUAUGGUAAAUUCACAGGCAUUUAAGGGUGUGAACUUGAGCACCAAAGCAUUUAGGAAAAUGAAAAAUCUAAGGGUACUUAAAAUCAAUGAAUUACAUAUUAGUGGAGAUUUUGAGCAAUUAUCCAAGGAGCUCAGAUGGUUGUCUUGGCAAAAAUGUCCUUUAAAAUAUAUUCCAUCACAUUUUCCAGCUCAGAAACUUGUAGUUCUAGAUAUGCAAGAGAGUAAGAUCCAAGAAUUUGGUUUGAGUUUGCAGUGUUGUAAAAGUUUGAAGAAGCUGGAUCUCUCUAAUUGCAAGCGCCUCAAAAGAACUCCAAACUUCAAUGGUCCACAAAGUCUUGAGACUUUGCGGCUUGGUGGUUGCUCAAGGCUGAAAAAGAUCCAUGAAUCAAUAGGAAAUUUGGACAGACUGAUUGAUCUAGAUUUGUUUCGUUGUGAAAAGCUUAAGGAUCUUCCAAGCAGCAUAUGCCAGCUAAAAUUUCUUCAAAACUUGGAAAUUAGUGGUUGCUCAUAUAUACAAACACUGCCAGUUGAUCUUGGAGAAAUGCGAAGUCUAAGACAGCUUUUAGCAUAUGAUACGGGUAUAAAACAAUUGCCUGGAUCUGUUGAAUUGCUAAGACAUCUUGAAGUUCUGAAGGUGGGAGGUUCAAAUUUAGAGCCCAAAUGUAGUUUUUCUCGGAGCAGAGUCCAUCACAUACAAUCCUUUUCAACUUCUAUCACGGUGUUAAGCCUUACAUAUUGUGGUUUGUCUGAUGCUGAUAUUCCUCGGGAUAUUGGGAGUUUAUCCUCCUUACAAAUUUUAAAUUUGAGUGGCAAUAGUUUCCACUGUCUACCCUCCGGCCUCUCUAAGUUACGGUUAUUGUUUCUCUUAGGUUUGGAUGACUGUGAGAAUCUCCAAACACUCCCAUCACUAUCAAACUUACAAAAACUUAAGAAUUUUUCAAUUGAAAAUUGCAAAAAACUGGUCAAGAUUACAGGGUUGGACAACCUUCCUUCUAUAAAUUGGAUCAACAUGCUUAAGUGUAGUUCUCUGCAGAAUCCAUUCAACGAAGGCUUCUUUAGUGCACCUGGUCUAGCAAUUCAAUCUAGGCAUCAUCGAAAUCUGGGGUUAGAUAUUUAUCUCGAAACCAAUGAGAUUCCAAAUUGGUGCAGAAAUCAAGUAACAGAUUCAUCUAUCUGCUUUACUAUGCCGAUACACGAGGAGUAUAAGUUUUUAGGAAUGAUUUUAUGGUGUGCUUGCAAUUUUGUCAACGUAUCCCCUUAUAGUCGUAGGCAAUUCUUAAGCUUUAGAAUUGCCGGAAAAAUUUCAAGUUUCUGCUGGCCUUAUUAUGAUUCAUUGCCCACUGAACAUGCUGAGUUAUUACGUGUGUCUUAUGUAUCUUACUUAGACAGACCUUUUGAUGGCCAGAUGAAAGGCGGAGAAAAGAUGGAAGUUUUUGAGUUGGGUGAAAAGAAUAUAGUAAAGAAUAUAGGGAUCCAUCUGUUGUAUUUAGACCAACAAGGUAAAGUUACAUCGUUGCCAGCAAUGAUGGAUCAUUCUGAUCAGAGGAAGAGAAGCCGGGAGGUGAAUGGAGUUUCAGACGAAAAGCACCCAAAAAGGAGUUUCAACAACUCAUAUCAACUCAAUCCUUGAUAAGAAUCAAUGUCCUGAAUGCUAGAGUCAAGAUAGUUUUUCCUAUAAAACUAAUCAUGUUGUAUUUUCUAGAUUUUGUUUAUUCCCUCCCAUCUGAUAUGUCGGGGAAGAAGUAAACUCAAAAAUGGGGAAAAUAAAGAACACCAAAUUUUAACGUGGAAAACCCUUCAAAUUGAAGGUAAAAAUUACGGGAUAACAAAGAUCCAAAAAAUUCCACUAACAAUAAGAGAGUUACAAAGUUCUCCAAAUUGGCUACACAAGGAGUGCCAAAUAUGGAAGAAUAAUAGCAACAACAAAUCAACUGAAGAUAGAGGAAAAAUCAUAAAAAUGAAAUUGUUGUUCAGGGCUCGAAAUCAGAUGCUACAGGAUACCAAAUCUGAUCCUCGCCGUUCAAAUCAAAGAUCAAGAUAUUAUAAUUACUCAGUCAAAAUUUCAGUCUGAUCCAACGGUGAACAAAUUAGGAAACAUGAUUUGAAGCUGGUUGGUCGGGAAAAAAUUUGCAACAAAAUGAAUACCUUUUCUUCUAUCUUCUCUCUUGAUGGAAACUCUCUCAAAAUCCGCUCUUAUUUACUAAAGUCUUUCAAAGACUUAUACCAAUGAGCAUAGAAUAUUUUGGGAUAAGUGUUAACGUGCCACUUGUGUUUC